AUGGACCACACCUCGCUCGUCGCUGCUUUCGUGCUUACUGGGCUGGAAGAGGCUAGAAAGGACACUCCUAGACUCGCUACACCGCCCGCCGUGCACCCCAACUCGCCCGCAGCCCUCUUUGGCUCGUUCUCCCUCCCUUCGCCCGUUCCAGACGACUUCGCGACGCGUGCAGAUAUACAGGAUUUCCACGAGCCCUCUGAGUCGACGUGGAAGCAGCGUUUGCGCGCAAAAGACUCGCCAGAUUGCGCUGUCUUUGACCCGGACCUCCUACCCGCCUUCUUCUCCUCUUUCCGCGCUUUCCUCGACUCUCGGACCGACGCCGCGUUCUCCGACGAGAUAACAGGCGUGCUCCUCGAGAUCAUCCAGUCGGACGCGAAGGACUACUCCCGGGAGUUUGACCAACUGCACUGGAGGGUUCUUCGUGCCCAGGCAGGCCGUCUCGGCCCCCUGGUCCGCAAAUUCGCCAAGCUUUUAGAUCCACACUUGCCUGAGUCCGUUCGUGCCGGUCCCGAUACCCGCUCUGGCCGCAACGAUCAUCACCGCGGUGACCUUGACCCCGACGGCGACGUGAUCAACCUUGAGACCAAACCGGCUUUCGUCCUCUCGCGCGACCAGGUGCCGUCAGCCGUUGUGAUGGUGCAGCAUCCUCGGGCAUCGACCGAUCCACACGGCAUCCUCAAUCGCCUCAUCGAGGCCUUCCGCUCGUCACCCGUCCAGCGUAUCGACGCCGGACUCAAAAAGCGCGACUCACAUCUUUACUCGCUUCUUCUGAGGAUUGCCGUCUCCUGCCGAUCUCGCAGCUGCAACACCUUCGUCCUUUUCGACUACCUCCACUACUUCAUUGGCUUCCUCGUCCCUCUCGAUUCCUCCUCUCCCACCUCCAGCUUCAGGCUCGUCUUCAGCGCCCUAGCACGCUGCGAUAGUCCAGAAACGCCGCUGGUGCAGGUGACGACUGCGCUGCUCUAUGCAGACAGGUUCUUCGGCAACGAGCUGCGGAGAAGGACGGACAGUAUCGUCGAAGCAACAGGCUUACCCGAGCUUGAUUUGGAGCCUGUGAAGGAGGAGGAAGAGCGGGAGGACAAGGAGGGAGAUGGUGGGCCGGCGACUCGUACGCGGCAGAAGUUGGCGGCUCACACCCUCGCACCCCUGGAGAAGAUCCAACGGUUCCGCCUCGUCUAUCCGGACGGCACACCCGCUGAGUUCGCGCCCUUCGUCCGCUUCAAUUUUCUCGGCGAUGCCGUCUCCACCGUCUCCUUAGAAGCUACUGCCGAGGUAGUCUCUAUGCUGGAGAUGGACGACUACCUCGGCCACGGCGCAACGAGCGACGUCUUCCGCGCCUACUGGCCUUCUUCUCCCUUCGCCGCCGAACCUCGCAUGUCCUUCAUUGUCAAACUCCCCCGGAACGCUUCCGACCCAGAAAAGUCUGCCGACCUCCUGCACGAAGCGAAACUGCUCGCUUCGCCUUCUCUAGCGGAGUUUGACAUCGUUCCGAGGUUGUAUGGCGCGUUCAAGGCGCGCUUGGAGGGCACGGAAGGCAAGGAGAUGGUUGCGUUGCUCGAGGAGGACUGUGGCGAGCCGAUUGACUGGUGGAAGGACUUGACGGACGAGGAGAUCGACCAGCUCUUGGAGGAUCUCACUAGGCUUCACGUCGAACACCACAUCUACCACGAAGACUUGACGACCGAGUACUCGAAUCCUCACAACAUCCUCGUGUCGCCCGCCUCGCCGUCGUCCUCGUCAACCGCCCGCCGCGUCCGCGUGAUCGACUUUGCUUGGGCGCAAGACGAUCAUGAGUGUGAGGGAGAGGAAGAGUGCGGCGAGUUGAGGAUGGUGCGGGAGUGCAGUGGAUGGUCGCGGGGCGGAAAGGCGUGA